CAUAUUUUCCUUUUCUCCUUACCAUCUCCGCCUCCGCCUCCGCCUUCGCCGCCGCCGCCCCCUCCCCUAUUUUCAGUUUCUAACUUGGCCGCUUCUUUGCCCUCCUUGUCAACCACCACAACCUGCACAAAUAAGCCUUCGUUCUCUUUGCUAGGACCAAAAAUAAGAAAACAGAUACUCGUGCUCUUUCCUUUUUCUUCUUUCCUCUGAAACCCAUCCCCAUGCUUCUCCGUACUGACUAGAUACUCAGGUUGGGCGUGCCAAGGAGUAGAGGAGGCAAAGGUCGCUGCCAUCGCCUCACUGGAGUCCCGCCACUACAGCAGAGAUCAUCAAUCUGAAACUGUAUGCUAUCAUCCUCAUAUCAGCCAAAGCUAUCCAAAACAUUGGGGCCAUCACUAGUUGUGCUAUAAGUUCUCCACUGAUAAGCUUAGCAAAGUGCAUAGAGGGAAAAGCUUAUCACAUCCUAUAGAAGCAUGGUGAAUUUGGAUCAGCCAAAGAGUAGGGUGGCAUUUGUGUUAAUUGAUGGAUUGGGUGAUGUAUCAUUGCCAAAGCUUGGCUACAAAACCCCUUUACAAGCAGCCAAAACACCAAACUUGGACGCCAUUGCAUCUGCUGGAGUCAAUGGCCUUAUGGAUCCUGUGGAAGUGGGUUUGGCUUGUGGAAGUGAUACUGCUCAUCUUUCUUUAUUGGGCUAUGAUCCAAGGGUGUAUUAUCGGGGUCGAGGUGCAUUUGAAUCAAUGGGUGCUGGACUAGCAAUGUCACCUGGAGAUAUUGCUUUUAAAUCAAACUUUGCAACCUUGGAUGAGAAAACUGGAGUUGUCAUUAGCAGGAGGGCUGAUAGGCACUUUGAAGAGGAAGGACCUAUUCUAUGUGCAGCACUGGAUGGAAUGAAACUGCCAUCUUUUCCCCAGUAUGAAGUUAGAGUCAGAUAUGCAACGGAGCAUAGAUGUGGGGUGGUUGUAAAAGGACCAAAGUUAAGCGGCAAUAUAUCAGGGACAGAUCCCUUAAAGGACAAUCGCUUACUUUUACAAGCUCAAGCUCUUGACAAAACUGAUGAAGCAAAGCAUACAGCUGAAGUGGUUAAUGAGUUGUCCAAGGAAAUGUCACGAAUCUUGGCUGCACAUCCAUUAAAUGCAAAAAGGGCUGUUGAAGGAAAAAACAUCGCUAAUGUUGUUCUCCUACGUGGUUGUGGUAUUAGAAUUGAGGUUCCUCAGUUUGAAAAUCUACACGGGCUAUGGCCAUGCAUGGUAGCUCCAACCAAAAUUAUAGCUGGCUUGGGUUUAUCCCUCGGUAUCGACAUUCUAGAAGCUCCAGGAGCUACAGGAGACUAUCGAACCCUUUUGACUUCCAAAGCAACUGCCGUAGCUAAGGCCCUCUCAGCUCCUUUGCAGUCUUGUCCUAAUGUUUUUGUACCUGGGGAGGAUGAACACAAACCAGGUCGAUCAGGAGGCUAUGAUUUUGGUUUCCUUCACAUCAAGGCAAUAGAUGAUGCUGGUCAUGAUAAAGCAAGCAUUUUUAAAGUCAAGGGUUUGGAAGCUGUUGAUAGAGCUGUCGGGCAGCUGGCUAAGCUUCUCUGGCAGACACAAUCAACUGGAAAAUUCAAAUACUUUCUUUGCGUCACUGGGGACCACUCGACUCCAGUUGAAUAUGGAGACCACAGUUUUGAACCAGUGCCAUUUACAUUGUGUCGACUAGAAGAUUUUGUGGGUGCAAUUGGUGAGUUCCUCCUCUCAGAAACUUCUCUCGAACCGUUUCCACUACCGGUGAUCAGUGCUAGUGAGGACAUAAUGGAUGAUCUGGGUAAUCAAGAAAGUACCAAAAGCAAACAGUCAAAAGCUUUUUCUGGCGACUCUGUCUGUGUGUUUGAUGAGAUAGCAGCUGCAAGAGGCUGUCUUGGACGCUUUCCCGGAAGUGAAAUGAUGGGAAUUAUAAAAGCAUAUCUGAAACUCAAGUCAUAGGCAGCUUUGCUUGGGACUUGCAUCUCUGCUUGUGUCUCUUGAAGAGAUAAGCUUGAAUUAGGUAUUCAGAAUAAGAGGUGAUUGGCUAAGUUGGGUCCCUUAAUCUGAAUAAUUGGUUUUUGUUUGUUAACCAAGUAAGAGGAGUAGGUCAUAAAAUAAAUAUAGACUCAUUUAUUUUUUAAUUUUAAUUUUAAUUUUUUUCCCCUGGCUCAUGUAACUUGAUGUUCGAUGAACGGUAGAAGAGUUUUUGUCUUCUGUCAAAUAUGUAUAGAAGUAAUCUUUGAACUAUUGGUGAUUUAUUUUUGCUUUUGUUUGCUGGA